UAUUCAGUGACUUCAACAAAUUCAGACAGUCCUCUUGUGGAAUCCAGUUCUUUUGCUGUAAGACCUUUUGUAUAGAUCAUUCCUUUAGAACAAGUAGAUUAAUUUUAGACACAAACAAUUUGUGUCAAUAUAACAAUAUAUGUUAAGCUUUAACCCUUUCGGGACGGAGCCUUUUCGGGGUGUCUGUGCCGAAAAGACGGAGCACUUUUUACAAACUGUGCACUCGCAUUGCAAAAAAAUUAAUAAAAAAAUAAACUAUUUACAUUAUAUGUAUAAAACUAUAUACAUUCUUGUAGAAAAUUAAACAAGCUAAUACAAUAUUUAUAAAUCAAACUGAAAUCUCAACAUUUAUGCAAAUGAGCUAUCCUGAUUUGCAUAAUUUAUGUGUGAAUUUUUUUUGUUAAGCUGAGAAUAAACAUGACUUACCUGUGUUAAUUGUGUGAAUUUUUUUAUGGAUGAAGCAUGAAUAGAUCCUAAUAAUGCAUUUUGGGAAAUAAGGCUCAUGUAGGCCCUUCAGACACCCCUGGCCCAUAUUUCUACUCCUUUUCCUGCCCCCCCCCCCCGGGUACUUUUCGGUUGAUACAGACAGAGCAGUCCUUUUCACCAUUGUGCACCCAAUUAUGGUUUAUUUGAGCUUGGUGUUACUGAGAAAGUUGUCUGCAUACUUAUUAGUUAUUAUUAUUCCUCUCACAAACAUUUUUAUGAUUUUUUUGUAAAAAUUAGUAUAAACUACUCAAAUGGGUGCUUAUCCCAUGAGGCAUAUUUAUAGUCUCUAUUUUUUCUAAAAAUUCAUAGGGGUCACCUCUAUCCAAUUCAGAACCCCUAAUCCUAAACCAAGGAUUCGUAACGUAAUCAUUUUGAUUGCCUUCAUUAGUUUCCUGGUUGUUUUCAUCAGUGUCAGAUUCACUGCUAGACAGCAAGAAAUCAGAAUCACUAUGCACAAUUUGAUCAGUCGCUGUCAGACAUGUUUGAAUUUCACAAUAUAACUAUACACACACACACACAAAAAUUCCUGCAAAAAUAAAAAUUUAGUUCACCAUCGACGAACGCCGCCAUUACAAUCACGGGAUGUGCAGGAAUUCGUAAGAAUAAAUUUGAUUCGCUGGCCAAGCCAGCCUAUCAUAAGGCUAGAUCUAUUGGGCCGAUGGUUCGGACUUUUGUCUUUCUCGCUAGUCCACCUUGGGCCGAUAGAUGAGCCCUUAAUUCCCAAGAGGGUUAAUAAUAAUUUUACAUAAUACAUAAGGAGACAUAUUUUAGGUAGGAUAUAUGUAUAUAUAUAUUAUGUAAAUUUAAUUUAUGUUUUGUUGUUGUACUGAGGAAGGCAUGCGCUGAAACAUCCACUUAUGUGUUAUGUAAAUUAUUAUUAAAGCUUAACAUAUAUUGUUAUAUUUUCACAAACUGUUCGUGUCUAAUUAAUCUUUUUUAAAGCUUUAUCGCAGUCCAACACUUUUUAUAAUUAGAACAGGUAAAAUGAUUAAAACACAUUUAAACUCACUCAAUUUGUUUUUUUUUAAAUUUUUUAACAAAAUAUCUGAAGACAUAUUUAAAAUUUUCUUCUAGUCAAGAAAGCUUGUAACAUCACACAAACUAAACAUCUUUCACUUGAGGAACGAUUUGAAGAAAAAUGCUGUUCUAAAAACUAUAUACAAAAAAAUUUGGAUGAUACAUCCCACCCACUUUAUCACAGAUCCAUAAGAUCAGAUCUAACAGGGCAAAUUCUUUCUCUUUAAGUUAGGACCGAAAGAUAUGGGAAUUCUUUUUUUUCCCUAGUCUGUACCAGCGUGCUCCCCCAGCAAUUAUCAAAUCUAAAUGAUCACUAAUUAAGUCAUUAUUGUCAGUAAAGAAGUUCAUUUAUUGCUGAUUAUACGCUACAGAAAUAUUUCAGAUGUCCUAUGAUUAAAUUGUUAUUAUUGUAAAAGGAUGUCUUGGUUAAAAAUAGGUAUUUAUAAUGUGCUGAAAAUGAAUAUUUGCAAUGUAUUUUAAAAACAUUUCCAUCUAUUUGGACCAAUAAAGAAUCGUAACUUAUCCAUCAAGCUCAAAAAAAAAAUUCUUUUCAACAAAGCAGUUUCUAUCUGCAGCUUGUGAGGUCCCAUCUGGUUGGCGCAUACAGGGCAUUUUGGGUUUUGUGGAAGAGCUAGUUGUUAAUGAUGACCCAGAGUAUCAAUGGAUAGAAAAAAUUCGCACACCUCGUGCAUCAAAUGAAGCCAGGCAGAGACUGUUUUCUAAAUUAUCAGGUUUGUUUGUUUCAAGGUUCAAUGUCUUUAAAAAUGCACAGUUUCAGAGUGUGUCUCAGUCAUCCUUUCACCAGGUUUAAAAAAGAAUUAAUUAUUAUAUAGAUUAUUUUUAUACAGAAACAUUAUGUUACCAAAAUCACUAACAAGUCACAAACACACUCUCAAGAUCAUGAAGGGCGAAUGAUUUAUUUUGUUGUGUCGGACACAGAUGUAACCUUUCUCUAUUCUGAUAUCAUUGUAAUGCCUUCUGUUUCUAUUGUAACUUGUGAGAAUGGUCAUGACCUGAGGGGAUAUCUUAGUGGAUAUCAAAUAACCACUAAUUAUUUCUCACAUGCCCUUGUACCAACACAAAGUCCAAAUCUUCACAUAAAAACUACACAGGAUAAUAACAUUUACUGUUGGAAUGAUAAGUGAAUACAGAACAUAAUAAUCCAUUCCUCUUUAAAAAAAUAACUUGUGAAGUCACUCGUACAUUGUAUCCUUUAGUCAUGAGAUAAAAAUCUUCCUCACUGCUUUUUCAUCCAUUACAAUAUGGCCGUCCAAGUAGUUCCUCACCGCCUAUAAUUACAUACAUGUCUCGCUACACUGACAUAAAAUAGUGCUUUCUACUCAGCAGUAAAUCAACAUCGAUUAUUAUGUUAUUUUUGGUUCCUUACUUUACGUGGGACACUGAAGGAGUGCAAUUUUUAUUUUAACUUUUCAAAUUUAUGACAGAAGAGCAAUGAAAUCAAAGGAGAUGAACUAUUAUAAUUAAGUGUGGUAUUUGGAAAAAAUCUCCAACCGGCAAUCUAAUAACAACAGCCUGAAGAAACACUUGUACAUUUUACCCAACUUCCAGAUAAACAGCAAAGCUUAUUGUAUAAUAAUUAAUUUCCAAUAUUACUGACCCUCCGCUCUCAUCACAACCAUUUUACAUUACCCCCCCCCCCCCCCCCCCCCCCCCUACAAGCGUCAAUACAUAUGAGCCUACUUUGUCUCCCCCACAAGGUGUAAAAGGGAACUGUUUGAGCACUUACAAUAUAGUUUUUAUUUUAAAUUUCUAUAGAAAAGCUUUUCAUUACCAGUGGGUUUUUUAAAAACUAGAAAUGCCUAUUUUUUAACAAUAUUCAAUUUUUUAUUUAAUUGCAUACACAGUGAUCCAUUCCUCAUUAGUCAUGGUGAACAACUUUAUUGAAUGUCUGUUACAGGAACACUACAGCGUAAAUUGGGAGUCAAGGUCAUGGAGUUGGGAGGCAAUGCUGUCCUGGGGUAAACACCUCUUAAAUAUCAUAAAAUUUUUAACACACCAUCAGACAUCCUUAGAUUGGUUUUUAAAUGGCCCGCACUGGGGUAAAGUUAUAAAUGCCUAACCCGUUAAUAUCAUAAAUUGAAUUUUUUUUUAAAGGCCACGUACUGUUAAUUCUCUAAAGGCCCUCGUCAUUAAGUCUAUAAAUGGACCCAACUGUUUGGCUUCUGAAAUAUUCAGCUAGAAACCCUGACACUUCCACAAUCAGAAGGUAUGAGGAGCCGGAAACUGAACUUUAGAUGUGGGACAAAUUAUUUAACGCUCCCCACAACUUUUAUUUUAAAAAGCCUCAAAUGAAGAUGUCAUGGCUGCAUGAGCAAAACAGUCACAUGUCAUGGCUGCAUGAGCAGAACAGUCACAUGUCAUGGCUGCAUGAGCAGAACAGUCACAUGUCAUUGCUGCAUGAGCAGAACAGUCACAUGACUUUUUGUAAAGACAACAAAACAAAACUUUAUAGAAAGAAUUCAAGUAAAAUAUCAAAUUUAGAUAAAUAACAUUAGAUUUACAAAUUAUGUAGUAUAUUAAAAUAUCAUGGCUGGAAAAGCAGGGUAUUAAAAUAUCAUGGUUAGAAAAGGAGGAUAUUAAAAUAUCACUUUAAGAACUGGGGUAUAUCCGAAUAUGAAAUUUUUUUUUUUUAAAGCGUGCAUACUCAGAUGCCAAAGUUUGAAGAGGGGUGAGCUAAAUUAUAAAAUGUAAUUAGGUUAAUAUUGCUUUAUAUACCUAUUACGGCAUCUUCAGAUGAUGCUUGAAACAUCAUUGACCUAUUGAAAAUUGCUCACAAGUUAAUUCUUAGCUUACUUUCUUGCAGUUAUUUUCAGAACUUUGACCUUGAAGGUGAAUCUGGGAUCGUUGUCAGGGGUAUUGGCACAGCAGUAGCAC